AUGGCGACUUGGGGCCCUUGGCUGCCGGGUUGCGUUUGCCCCGGAACGGGGGGACACAGGAGGGCCUCCGCGGGCCUCAAGAGACGGGCAGGAUGGCCGGGAUUCACACACAGGCGUGCCAUCGCGAAAGAGGGUCCCCUGGAAUGGAAAGAGGCCAGCGACGGCAGUGCGGCCCAGGGCUCGCUCGAAGACCUGCCCCUCCCUGAAGGGGACACUGGCGGGUGGCCAAUCAUAGGCCGUACACUCGAUUUCCUGAAAGAUCAACACACCUUCAUGGCCGACCAUGUCAAGAAGUACGGACUCGUCAGCAGGGCGAAUUUGCUUGGCAGAAACGCUGCCAUCAUCGCGGGCAGCGACAAUCUUCAUAAGAUCAUGACCAAGGAUACAACACUGUUGAACCAGCGACUCAUGAAGGACCUGCAGCUGCUCGCUGGACCCAAUUCGUUCUGGAACAAGGACGUGAUAUCAAGAAUGCAUUACAUGGAGCGGAAAUUCCAUUGA